AUGCUGACCUCUUUCAGGAAUCAGAAGAAGGAGGAUGACCUGACCAAUGCAUUAACUCAGUGGAGGAAAGCUGAAGCAAACCUGAACUCCAAGGAUGCAGAGCACACCGCGCUGCUGUCUGAGAAGAGGAAACUCGGCAGCGAACUGACAGACCUGCAGGGCCAGAUGGAAAAUAUGGAGAGCCUGCUGGGAGAAACAAAGAACCAGCUGAGCUCUGAGAUCUUAAGAAGGGUAGACAUGGAGAAUCAGGCACAAACACUGAAAGAGCAGCUCGACCUCCAGAGGAACAUUAGUGAGCAGGAGAUUCUACAGGUUCGGAGCAGACAUGAAAGUCGUCUUGUGGAGGUGGAAUCAGGACGACAAAGAGAGUUUGAGAGUAAACUGGCCGAGGCGAUGCAGCAGCUGCGUGAGGACCAUGACUCCAAGCUGCAGCAGUACAAAGAAGAGCUCCAAAGGACUUUCACCUCAAAGUUGCAGAACGCUCAGCAGGCUGCACUGGAGAAAAACAACGUCGCAUUAGCCACCAGAGAGGAGCUGCAGACCACUAAGCUCAGGGCGGAGACGCUCAGUUCUCAGCUCCAGCACUACCAGAAAGAUAUGUCCACCCAGCUGGAAGACUACGAGAACCUUCUGGAUGUUAAGCUGGCUCUGGACCUGGAGAUCAACACCUACAGGAAGAUGCUUGAGGUGGAAGAGCAGAGGCUAAAGCUAUCCCCCAGCCCUCCCCAGCAAUCGUCUGUAUCUGGAACACAAGAACGCUGCAGCCGCAAGUUGAGAGGGAAGAAAAGGAAACACGAGGAAGCUUCUGGAAGCUCGCCCGCCUACAAAAUGUCUAGCUGUUCAGCCGAGAGCGGCGUUAUUAAUGUGGCAGAGAUCAGCGUAGAAGGAAAAUAUAUUAAACUGAAGAACAACUCUGACUCGGAACAGCCGCUCGGUGGUUGGGUGGUUCAGCAGAAAUAUUCAGAAUCUGGUGAGAUAUCCUUCCACAUCCCCUCCUCCUGCAUUCUGGCUGCUGGACAGACGAUCACAACCCAGACAUAUCUGUCCCGACCGCCGCGGAAAGACACGACUCUCUAUCCAAAACUCUGA